AUGCGGCAAUUGUUUGUCCACACGAUACUAUCGGACAUUCACUUUUACGGAGGACGAAGCCAAGACGCUAUCGCUGAAGCUAAAUCCGCGUUGCGAGUCUGUUGGAAAAUUGCGAAAAAGUUCACCGCUCCGUCGUCGCCCAGUGAGACCAAAUUUUUCGAGUUACCUCCAGAAAUCGUAGCGGGGGAAUAUUUGCAACGGAAAUCAGCACAUUUUCUGUAUUUCAUGGCGCUAGAAUGCUCGUCAUGGGACUUGCUAUUGGCUGCGAAGGUAUCAUUAUGUCGAAUAGCGUCUCUCUACAGCAUGUCUGAUCAACCGCACAGGGCUGCGUCUUAUUUGACGGAGGCUAUGCGGCUCGUUGGUGGCUUGAAUCUGCGUUUCUUCCGCCGUGGACCGUUCUACGAAUACGCCGAGUUGGAACUGAAUGCAAACCACUUGGAGAAGGCGAAAGUAGCCAUUUCUCUGCUCAAAGGUGCAAUGAAAUUGUUCAGCAAGGAGAUAUUAGGACGAGUCAAAGCUCGAUGCUGGCGUAAGUAUACACGACUACAAAGCGAAGUCAGCGACUUAUCUGACCAAAGAGCAGUGGAGUCACUCCUCGGGGCGAUGAAGAAGCUCAAGCGGUCACUGAAGUCCUGCGAUAUUCAUCUGGAGCGAGUCAAAUGCAUGCUUGAGCUGGGGCGCAUCAAUACAAGGCUACUGCGGUCAGCCUCGCCUCGGGCGUUCACUAGCUUAGGCCGGACGCUUUCUUUAUUGGAAGAAGCUUAUGUGCUGGGAGACCAUCUAGGUAUCCCCCAUCUGAACCAAGAGCUGCGGACAGCGUUGGGGAUGGCCUAUUUUGCUGAUAUCGAGGAAAACUCUCACGACGAUGCCGAUUCCAUGGAUGGGGACGAACGGGCCACUUUUCUGUCGUGGGCGAGCAGUGCCUUGCUGGCAAAUGCUGGCAGCGGUGAUGCGAUCUAUGUUCAACAACUGCCAGACAACUGGAUCAUUGUUUCUCUGAUGAUCGGCGUAUCGUCUGAGCUCACAAAUGGCUCUGCUCCAGCCUCGUUUUGCCUGCCUACAGUGUCUUGGUCGAAGUGCAUUCGUGAGAUGGAUGCCAUUAUUCGAGAUUCGAGGAAGACUUUAUCUGGUCACACAGCUGAAGAAACGAGCUCCUGGAAAGCCGAACAGAAGAAGAAAUGGUGGGAUACUCGCAAACUUCUGGACAGACGCAUCGAGGAAGCAGUAGUUUCCAUGCAGGAAUCGCUCGGAUUUUGGCGGUGUUUACUCGUUGGAGGAUCUAAUUUCGAUGGUCAAGUCCGUCGCUGCUGGGAUUUGCUGACCCAGAACACAACAGACCCCAUCAAACUGGCAGACAGGAACCAAAGCUUGCUGUGUGCAAUUGCGGAUGCUCAGCAGUAUCUGUCAGACAGUGAAGUGAUCGACGGACUGAAGCAUAUUGCAGCAGAGAUUGAAGUCCCCUUAUCCGAUUCCGUAUCUCGAGAGGCUCUUCAAGAGGAGAUUGCGAGAAUGAAUGUUGGCGAAGUGAAGCAGCUUCUUGCUGCUGAAGGGCUCAGUACUGAUGGAUUAAAGAAGGUUCUGGUUGCACGUCUCACUGCCGCCCGUGAUGCUGCUCUCGUCGACAGGAUGAGAUCAAGUACGGAUCGCUGUGGUGGUGGUAGUAACCCCGACUUCUCGACCAUUUUGAUCCUGAAUCACCAGCUCCAGCAAUUUCCAUGGGAAGCCAUGGACGUGAUGAGCCUCAGCAGCGGAGUGACUCGCAUGCCUUCACUCGAUCUAAUAGUCCAGAACGCCAAGAGUUAUUCACCUGUCCGACGAGACCGAGUGCGCUAUUUGCUGAAUCCUGCUGGGGAUCUCAAGUCGACACAGCAUCAACUGGGGCCGAUCUUGGAAGAUGGAGCGACAUCGUUUGGCUGGGAGGGGAUCGUGGGAGAAGUCCCAGACCCUGAGAAACUUAGAAACUAUUUAUUAGCCGCAGAUUUGUAUAUUUAUUGCGGCCACGGCUCCGGCGAGGCAUACUUAAAUCGUGACAAGGUGUUGAGUCUGCAGUCCGAUUGCAGCGCCGCCCUGCUCUUCGGGUGUAGCAGUGGACGGCUGGAGCGCGAGGGAAUCUUCGGACCUAGUGGCGCUGUGUUGGCCUAUUUACGUGCUGGCAGUCCGGCAGUGUUAGCGAUGCUCUGGGACGUCACGGACCGAGACAUCGACCAACUGAGCGUCAACGUGUUGCAGGAGUGGCUUCUGGCGGACGACGAGGACGACGAAGACGACGACCAAUCGCUGGCACAGAUACUACAGUCGUCUCGAAGCGUCUGCAAGCUCAAAUAUCUUAACGGCCACGCUGCAGUUUGCUACGGACUUCCACUAUACGUCGCCAAGAGCUGA